AUGAAAAACUCACCAUCAUUCGUAGGACUACAGUGGUUCACGGUGGCAGUGAUGGCGCUGUUACUUUCCACUGGAUACCUGAAACACACCGAAGCCCAACGUGUCAGAUGCGAUCCGGUGGAGAUCAGUUGGUGUCUGCAAGCCAUGGUUUCAAACAUGCCACCGUCAUCAACCUGUUGCCAGAGGCUUAAGGGCCAGGAACCUUGUCUUUGCAGGGAAACAUCUGACCCGACUUUUGGUGGCUAUCUGAGACUUCCCGGAGCUAGGAGGGUCGCUGCCGCAUGUGGAGUAAACUUUCCUAAUUGUAGGUGA